AUGUUGUUCUCCAAGAAGGGGCGUAUUGCCGCCCUAGCACUUAUCACUGUGGCCCUCUUCACCACCUUGUUCAUGAGCAAAAAUGUACUUUCUGCACCUGACUUCACCAAGAACUUUCUGUCGGGAAGUCCUAUAAUUCUGUCUGGAAACGAUGCUCUGGCAGACGAAGCAAUCAAUAAACAGAUCUCAGAUGAGAAAAACGGCCUUACUCCGGCCAACGAUAUGAACAAGGGCGAUGCAGAUGACAGUGGACACUUCGAUCCAGCAAAGGCGCUCCUUGAAAUCAGAUCAUUGGGUCCUAUGAUCGUGUUUUCCAAAUCUUACUGUCCUUUCUCGAAAAAACUCAAAAAGCUCUUGACUGAGAACUAUAGCAUCACUCCCUCUCCGAUCUAUGUGGAGUUAGACAAGCACAGACACGGAGGGGAGCUCCAAACAUACUUGGGACAGGUCACCAAGAGAAGUACCGUUCCUAAUGUGAUUAUUGGAACAGACUCUCUCGUCAGUCGCGGUGGCGCUGACGAUUUCAUCAAAUUUCACAAUGACGGAUCCUUGGCUGAUCUAUUGAACACUUGGGGUGGAAAAGAUGUGUCGGUAUCUAGAAUCGAGGUUCCGCUGAAUCACUAA